AUGGCUCCAAACAUCAUACCGCUAAAAGAUAUCACUCUCACAACUAGAAACUACACAAUCCAAGCUAUGGUGAUUGAAAAAAACAUUCCAAGAAUGUCAAAAACCAGCUCUUCCCUAUAUCAAAGAAUCAUGUUGCAGGACAAAGAGGGAAACAAAAUGCAAGCAACGGUGUUUGGAUACAACAUCAAAAUUCUGGAAAGUUCACUCAAGCUAUACCAUACGUACUCCAUAACAAAUGCUACUGUUGGUGAAACUCCAGAAAUGUUCCGCUUUUUGGAGAAUAAGACUCAAUUAUCAAUCAAUGCACGCACACCAGUUGAAGAAAUGCAGAUUGAUGGACUCACAAUGAGGACAAUCAAAUAUGACUUUACUCCAAUCGCUGCUCUCCAGCAAAUCAAGCACCCUGAUCCAAAGCUAGAUGUCGUGUUUGCAAUUCUCAAUGUUGGACCACGGAAAUUCAUAAACCACUCAUAUGUCGUCGAUGUUCGAAUAGUUGAUCAAAGCUUCCAACCUUCAAUCCUAUCACUUUGGGACCAAUUCUCAGAAUAUGAAGCACAUGCAAUGGCAAAUUUACCAGGCACUUUUCCUGUGGCAAUUGGUCUACGACUGAAAACUUCAAAAUACUAUGGUCGAACACUUGCCACACGGAACUCAUCAAGUUUCAUCUUUGACGUACUAAUACCAGAGGCAACUGCACUACAGUCAUGGGCUGUAGCAAACACCAAAAAACUCAGAGAACUUGCAGCAACAGAACCAACACAAGUUCUGAUACCAAACACAGAAGAAAAUCCAGAAGAUGAUACCAUCCAAAUUGCUAACCUGCCCAUAUCAGUGGACAAGACACAAUACCUCAAUGUACAAGCCAUAGUAAGAGUCACUGAUUUUGGGCAAAACUUUUAUUACCUAGCUUGUUCUAUCUGCAAAAAGGCAACAAAUGCAUAUGGACACGAAGACUUUUGGUGCAACUACUGUAACCAAAAAGUGCCAGCACUCGCAAAGAUCAAAUUCAAUGUCCAAAUCACCGAUCCGACUGGAACAAUUGAGGCAGCAAUCUUUUCAGAAAUUGCAGCAGAGUUCUAUAACAUUACAGAAGCGGAUGCAACCAAUGGACAACUUGCCCUCCCAAUACUUCACAUGCUAGCUGAACCUAAGAAAUGCCUCAUCACAUUGAAAGCUUACAUGCACAAUUAUGCUGGGAUCAGUCAACUCAAGUUCAAUGUGCACACCAUCUCUCUGGAUAACAGCACAGAAACAGAAGACCGUUCAGAAGCACUACUUGUUCAACCACCGAACACUCCAAACAAGAAAAGCAAAAAGGAAGACCACAACUCAAGCACCUCAGCCUCCAGCCCAACAAUCAACACCCCAUCGGAUAAAUAAACACCUUCAACUAACUCCAAGUCUCCACAACCUUUUGGCAUGAACA